GCAGCUGGAUGGCCGGGGCCGCCCGGAGCGCCGCCGCCGCUGCCGCUCGCAAGAGGAAACUGAGGCAGAGACAUCACCACGUCAAGGUCACGGCCAGCAUGAGCCAGGGCAGACCACAUUUAAACUUCAUGUCCAAGUUUCCAUCUGGAACUUCUGCUUGGUUGACUCACAUCCCCUGUGACCCUCCGACUGGAUACCUUCCUGCUUCCCUGGGCUCCCUGCAUCCCUGGGCUCCCGGCCUCCUUCAGCAAAAGGAGGGCUCCCUGUACUGCUGGUGCCGGGCAUGGGCACCGCCUGCACAGUCUCAGCCCCCCUUCACGACUGUGUGAGGGAGUCUGUACUUAUCUUUAUCCUACAGCUGAGGAAACUGAGGAUCAGAGACAGCCUUCAAGGACUUGCCCUCAAAGUUAGGGGCAGAUCUUCAAAGCCUCUGCUCUUGGGGUGUGAGGCCCCUCCUAGCCUCCGGCUCCUUUCACUUCAGCCCCACCUCCUGUCUGCCUCCUGCCCCUGGGACAUUGGUCUCAUUUCCUAGGAAGAAGCUCUAAUGGCCCAGUCUUAGCUGCUUGGUUGCCCCAUCUGCACCUUCUGCUGUCAUGCCAUCAAGCUAGAUAGUGCCAGCCUCCAUCCCUAGUCCCUAGGGUAUCCUCAGCCAGGCACAGCCUGGUGGCAGACUUCCCUGGCAGCCAGAGACACCCGGCUGGGCUGGGCCCGCCGGUGGCUGAGGGGAACCCAGCCAGCGCCUCACCCUGUCAUUAAGGAAAGUUUAGCCUCAGGCGGACAGGCUGACACACAGUCUGGAGCCGGCUCAGAAGGAAAAAAUGCGUGGUCCUUGGAAGUGGGGCGUGGCGGAGCAGAGCCCCUUCGCACUGGGCACCCACCAUUUGGAUCCUCAGAGGCCCUGGGCAAAGCACGUGGUAUGCCUGGAUGUCCCUGCCUUGGCUGUGGCAUGGCGGGCCAAAGGCUCCUCUUCUUCACUGCUCUUGCCCUGGAGCUCCUGGGAGGGGCUGGGGGUUUCCAGCAGGCCCCCCGGAGCCGGAGGGCUGCAGCAGCCUGUCGCCUAGACAACAAGGAAAGCGAGUCCUGGGGGACCCUGCUGAGUGGAGAGAGACUGGAUACCUGGAUCUGCUCCCUCCUGGGCUCGCUCAUGGUGGGAUUGAGUGGGGUCUUCCCGCUGCUCGUCAUUCCCCUGGAGAUGGGGACCAUGCUGCGCUCAGAAGCUGGGGCCCGGCGCCUGAAGCAGCUGCUCAGCUUUGCCUUGGGGGGACUCCUGGGAAAUGUGUUUCUCCACCUGCUGCCAGAGGCAUGGGCCUACACGUGCAGCGCCAGCCCUGGUGGUGAGGGACAGAGCCUGCAGCAGCAACAGCAGCUGGGGCUGUGGGUCAUUGCCGGCUUCCUGACCUUCCUGGCAUUGGAGAAGAUGUUCCUGGACAGCAAGGAGGAGGGGACCAGUCAGGCCCCCACCAAAGACCCCACUGCUGCUGCCGUGCUCCAUGGAGGCCGCUAUAUGGCCCAGCCGGCGGCAGAACCCGGCCUGAGCGCCGUGGUCCGGACCAUCAAAGUCAGUGGCUAUCUCAACCUGCUGGCCAACACCAUAGACAACUUCACCCAUGGGCUGGCUGUGGCGGCCAGCUUCCUUGUGAGCAAAAAGAUUGGGCUCCUGACCACCAUGGCCAUCCUCCUGCAUGAGAUCCCCCACGAGGUGGGCGACUUUGCCAUCCUGCUCCGGGCCGGCUUUGACCGAUGGAGCGCAGCCAAGCUGCAGCUCUCGACUGCCCUGGGGGGCCUGCUGGGUGCCUGCUUCGCCAUCUGUACACAGUCCCCCAAGGGAGUAGAGGAGACUGUGGCCUGGAUUCUGCCCUUCACCUCCGGGGGUUUUCUCUAUAUCGCCUUGGUGAACGUGCUGCCUGACCUCCUGGAGGAAGAUGACCCGUGGCACUCCCUUCAGCAAGUGCUUCUGCUCUGCACGGGCAUUGUGGUGAUGGUGCUGUUCUCGCUCUUCGUGGAGUAACCCUCCCUGACGCCCCACCCCUGCACAGCAAUAAGACUCGGAUUCGCUCUGUGACCAUGCGUGCGUGCGUGCGUGCGUGCAUGAAUACAUGCGUGCGUGGUAGAGGGCCGAGAGCUUGCCUGAGAGCAAGCUCCGACCAGACGAGAGGACGGAGUGUGUGUGCUUGUGUACGCAGACCGACACUGUGAUCCCAGUGCCCACCCCAGCCACACUGUGGUCGUCUCUCCUUGCCGUCCGUCCCGUCAUCUUGCACCUCCCGAAGUGAGCAGUGAGGAACAGAAGCACAAGUCCUCUGCAGAGGCCUCUCCCCUCCAGGACUCUAAGGGGGAAUGAGAGCAGCCCAGGAGUCCGGGGCUGCGGCGAGCCCCCUGCUGGGGCCUCAUGGGUCCCUGGUCAGAGUAAACCUCUGUUCAUGACCCGGCCCUGGGUAGCGAGGAACCGGGGGCAUCUUCUGUGUCUGUCAUCCUGGCCUGCCCUUCGUCAGCUCUAAGGCCAAAGAAAGGAGAGGCAAGUGCUUGUGGAGCCCACAGCCCCACUCAGCACUAACAGUCCUGCCCUUCCCGGCACAGAGCUGGGAGAUGCUGAGACCUUCUUCUCAUAGCUGCUGCCUGAGUAGCUCCCGUGCCCUAGUGAAUGCUCCCUGGCAGCACCAGCAGCUCUUGCCACCUCCAGCUGCCAAACAGCAGCCUGCAGAGCAGGGAGCAGCACCUGGCCAGAGGCCUUCUGGUCCAGCCCAGUGAUGCUCCAGCCAGCUCAGGGCCCCGGCAGAUACUCUGGGGACAAAAGGGGUGCCCUGACUGCCCUUCCCUGCUCAGGGCCCCUUUGCCUGCCCCAUUGCGGGUAGGGGGAAGGCAGGGGCAGGGAGGACUCCACAAGGUCAGCACUCAGGAAUGUGCUCUGGGAGAAUGCUGAAGCCAUAAUCCCCAGCUAUUUCCCUUGGCUGACGCCCAGGUACUCAGCUGGCCUGCUCCACAGCCAGGCUCUGGCCCUGCUGCUCGACUGGACAUUCUGUGACGUGGCCAUCAAGAGGGUCCGAAUGGUUUUACAGCAGUUUUGCUGUGGUUCCGUUUGUAUCUGUAAAUACCUAUUCUAUAAAUAGAUGCAAAUAAAUAUUAUGCCCAAACUGGCUGCUUCUGUUCUGUACAGC